UCCCUCUCUCUCUCUCUCACACACACGCGCGCGCGCUCCACCUCAUCUAUUUCAUUUUUGUUUUUGCUUGUUUUUAUUGUCUGCUGCAACGAGUUGAUAUCGCGUCUGAUGUGGGCAUAUAUCUCAAGGAGGAUCAAAUUGAAUUCCUUUGGUAUAUUAUUCCUCAAAAGUGUAUAUAUAUAUUUGGGAUAUAUUACGUCCCUUCACUAAAUCCUAUCUCUGUGGUUGCAAUUCCUCUCCAAAUUCCCACCUUCUUUCCUCUUCAUACCUAUAAGUGUCUCUCCCUCCCCUUCUUCCCCGUUGCCACACCUCUCUCAGACACAAUCACAAACACAAACACUUGGCGGGUAAAAGAAACUACAUACAUACGUCUUCACGAGUCUUUCUUCAAGGGCGAAUUUCCUUGAUGUUUCUAGGAAACCCAUUCGUCGAAACGUAAAUCCCAUUGGGAAAAAACACUAACAGAGCCAUUUCAAACAGAUUAUCAGUAUGCAGCCUUCGACUGUGAACAAAGAAUCCGCAAACCCCUUUGGUUUCGUUUCUCAGUUGGGCAAUUUAGUGCUCGAUUCCUCGAGGCUGAAUCCCGAUGGGCACGCCACGUGUUUGUCCAAUUACUUGUACUUCGAUGAGAGGAAGAAGAAGCCCGGGGCUGUGGCUUCAUUGGCCCUGAGUUCUAAAGGCGCUGCCUUUAACAUUAGGAGAGCGAUGAAUCAGCUCAAUAGUGCAAUUAGGUUCCACUGCGAGAGAAUCCCGCUUAGUUUCGCCUCGGUUCAUGUCGAUGCCGGGGAGAGUAACGGGUGUGGAGAUGACGGGAAUGGAGUAUUGGAGGAAUCGGAGCGAAAUCCUGCGGAUGCUGUGGUGUCGGAUUCUCCAAAAAAUGUUCUGAUUUUGAUGAGCGAUACUGGUGGGGGGCAUAGAGCUUCUGCUGAGGCUAUUAAGGCAGCUUUUGCUGAAGAAUUUGGUGACGAAUACCAGGUUUUUGUCACUGACUUGUGGACAGAUCAUACACCAUGGCCCUUUAAUCAGUUGCCAAAGAGUUAUAACUUCCUCGUGAAACACGGGACGCUGUGGAAGAUGACAUAUUAUGCCUCUGCACCGCGUCUUAUACAUCGCACCAAUUUUGCUGCCACCUCAACAUUCAUAGCUCGAGAGGUUGCUAAAGGAUUGAUGAAGUACAAGCCAGAUAUUAUUAUCAGUGUACAUCCACUGAUGCAACAUGUUCCACUUCGUAUCUUGAGGUCUAAAGGUCUUCUGAAGAAGAUUGUUUUUACCACUGUGAUAACAGACCUUGCCACAUGUCAUCCCACAUGGUUCCACAAGCUUGUAACGAGAUGCUAUUGCCCUUCGGAGGAGAUAGCAAAACGAGCACUGAGAGCUGGUCUUCAACGUUCACAAAUUAAGGUCUAUGGCCUUCCCGUGAGGCCCUCAUUUGUGAAGGCUGUUCGCCCUAAGAACGAAUUGAGGAGAGAUCUGGGCAUGGACGAGCACCUGCCUGCAGUCUUGCUUAUGGGUGGUGGUGAAGGUAUGGGCCCCAUCGAGGCUACUGCUCGAGCACUUGGGGAUGCGUUAUAUGAUGAAAAUCAUGGAGUACCUGUUGGUCAGGUUCUUGUGAUUUGUGGCCGAAACAAAAAGCUAGUCAGCAAAUUGCAAUCGAUUCAGUGGAAGAUCCCCGUUGAGGUGAAGGGUUUUGUCACCAAAAUGGAGGAGUGCAUGGGUGCUUGCGAUUGCAUUAUCACCAAGGCUGGUCCCGGAACUAUUGCAGAGGCCACGAUACGAGGACUUCCCAUUAUCCUAAACGACUAUAUUGCCGGACAGGAAGCCGGGAAUGUUCCAUACGUCGUCCAGAAUGGAUGCGGGAAAUUCUCAAAGUCUCCGAAGGAGAUUGCCAGCAUAGUCUCUCAAUGGUUUGGUCCUAAACAGCACGAGCUCGUGACAAUGUCACAGAACGCGUUGAGGCUUGCUAGGCCAGACGCAGUCGUCAAGAUUGUCCACGAUCUUCAUGAAUUAGUCAGACACAGAAGCUUUGAACGUCACUGCGCCGCAGCUUGAAUGAGUAACCACUUCACCGACAAUUUUUCCGGCUAGAAUUUCCGGUAGAGGAUAUUUUUUCUGAGAAAUUAUCAGUGUUUCUCUCUCUCACCCUUGUAAUCCUUUAGGAUAAUUCUUUGACGGCUGGAGGAGUUCAGCAAUAACUAUUACUACUUACUAAAAUACAGAAUUUGUUGUUUGAGAUAAACUCAAUAUUGUAGCAAAUGUAUAAUAUCUCGCACUUAGCUUAGCUGUGGAGCUGCAAUAAAAUUAAGUUUGAACCAA